AUGGUCGCCGCCGCCGCUCCGUCCGCCUCUGGAGGCGAGAAGUUGGAGAAGAAGCCCGUCAAGUUCUCCAAUCUGCUCCUCGGCGCCGGUCUCAACAUGUUUGAAGUCACCACCCUCGGCCAACCCCUCGAGGUCACCAAGACCACCAUGGCCGCCAACCGUGGCGACGGCUUUGCUGCGGCCUUGGGACGCAUCUGGUCUCGAGGUGGUGUUCUCGGCUUCUACCAGGGCCUCAUCCCCUGGGCCUGGAUCGAAGCCUCCACCAAGGGCGCCGUCCUCCUCUUCGUCGCCUCCGAGGCCGAGUACUAUGCCCGCUCCUUUGGCGCCUCCGAGUUUGGCGGCGGCAUCGUCGGCGGCAUGACGGGCGGCGUCGCCCAGGCCUACGCCACCAUGGGCUUCUGCACCUGCAUGAAGACGGUUGAAAUCACCAAGCACAAGCAGGCCGCCGCCGGCGUCAAGCCCCAGUCCACCUUUGCCACCUUCAUGGACAUUUACCGCAAGGACGGCAUCAAGGGCAUCAACAAGGGCGUCAACGCCGUCGCCAUCCGCCAGAUGACCAACUGGGGCUCCCGCUUCGGUCUCAGCCGCCUCGCUGAGGGUGGCAUCCGCAGCGCCACGGGCAAGGGCGAGAAGGAGAAGCUGAGCGCCGGCGAGAAGAUUGUCGCCUCCGCCAUCGGUGGUGGUCUCUCCGCCUGGAACCAGCCCAUCGAGGUCAUCCGCGUCGAGAUGCAGUCCAAGACGGACGAUCCCAACCGCCCCAAGAAGAUGACGGUCGGCAACACCUUCCGCUACAUUUACAACUCCAACGGUAUUGCUGGUCUCUACCGUGGUGUCACUCCCCGCAUUGGUCUUUCCAUCUGGCAGACUGUCUGCAUGGUUGCCUUUGGUGAUAUUGCCAAGACGUAUGUCGAGAAGCUCACCGGCGAGCAGGCUACCGCUAAGCAUUAA